AUGGCUACAGCUUCAGUGUCAACCCCUCUCAAAAGCCAUCAUGGCCUCUUCUCCACCAAGACCGCAGGUGGCCGAAUGCCUCUAACCCCAUCCCCAAGGCAGAGAACUACAAGUGUAGCCACACACAUCUCAUCCACUUCCUCCCCCUCUACUCCUCGCCGCAAGGAACAAUCCAUCCACAAGUCAGAUCCCUCAACCUUCUUCUCCCGCUCCAUCUCAAGAUCAGUAUCCAAGUUUGCCUAUGCCAACUCACCCAAGUCCAACAUUGCCAAAGGCAGGCAGUCUCCCAAGCAAUUGGACCUAGGUGUCUCGGAUUGGACCCUCACAGGCACCGGGCCCAGCACAUCUGCCACACCAUCAAGAGAAAAGUCAAGGAAAGAGACGGCCCUCAGGUCCAGGACAGCCAAGACCACCAUCAGACUUCCCAAUAACACCGCAGACCGCUUCAUUCCCAACAGAGCUGCAAGUGCGGGCCUGGCAACUGCCGGGUCUGGCAAGGCAGAUGAGAACACUCGACCUCGAACUGCUGGUAUGGAUGGAUCCCUGGUCCUUGCGAACGCUGCCAGUGCCAGUGCUUUUGAGAUCUCUGCACGAGGUGCAGAUGCAGACAUCACGACCGCCCUGGAAGGCCUUGGUCUCGAGGAUGAUAACACCACCUCUUCCUACACACGGACCAAUCCCGAUUCCAGUGCGUACGAAUCAUCACUAGCUUCGGCAUGUGGCAUUUCAAGAAGUCAGCGAAUCCUUGAAUUCAAACCUGCCCCUCCCGAAUCAUCCAAGCCCAUUGACCUCCGGUCACAAUACAACCGCCCAUUGAAACCAGCAAAUGCUCAGUCCGCCCAGUUCCGCCGCCGUAUUCAAUCUGCACCUGAGCGAGUGUUGGAUGCUCCCGGUCUGGUCGACGACUACUACUUGAAUCUGCUUGACUGGAGCUCGAGCAACCAGGUGGCGAUUGGCUUGGAGCGCAAUGUCUACGUCUGGUCCGCCGACAGCGGCACUGUCAGCUGCUUGCUGGAAACUUCACCUGAUACCUAUGUCAGCAGUGUCAAAUGGUCUGGCGACGGCGCCUACGUUGGCGUGGGGCUCGCGUCCGGGGAAGUUCAGAUCUGGGAUGUCGAAGAAGGUACCAAGCUCCGGAGCAUGUUCGGACAUGAAACUCGGGUUGGUGUGAUGGGAUGGAACAAGCACACCUUGUCAACAGGGGCAAGAAGUGGACUCGUCUUCAACCAUGACGUCCGAGUCGCCCAACACAAGGUUGCCGAGCUGGUGUCCCACACCUCUGAAGUGUGCGGCUUGGAAUGGCGCAGCGACGGCGCGCAACUAGCCACGGGCGGGAACGAUAACUUGGUGUCCAUCUGGGACGCCCGUUCAUUGGCCGCCCCCAAGUUUGCAAAGAAAAAUCACCGUGCUGCGGUCAAGGCUCUCAGCUGGUGCCCCUGGCAACUCAACCUCCUGGCAACUGGUGGAGGGUCGAACGACCGACACAUUCACUUCUGGAACACGACCACCGGGGCCCGGGUCAACAGUAUCGACACCGGAUCACAAGUGACAAGUCUCAAGUGGAGCAAUCACUACCGCGAAUUGGUGAGCUCCAGCGGCUUCCCAGACAACUCUCUAAGCAUCUGGAGCUACCCGACUUUGGUGCGAAAUGUGGAGAUCCCGGCCCACGAGAGUCGAGUGCUUCACAGCUGCCUCAGUCCCGAUGGACAAAUGCUUGCAACGGCAGCGGGCGAUGAAAGUUUGAAGUUUUGGAAGAUCUUUGAGCGGAAAGCGGGCGUCAGUGCGUCAGCGUCCAGGGAGGGCGGCGUCGGCAAAGGCGGCGCAAUGGCCAAGCAGAUGACCAUUCGAUAG